GUCAAAACAAAGAAGUGUGGUUAAUGUACGAAGUGGUCAUUUGAUUUUUGAAUUUACAUUUUUUGAGUAAUGGCAAAGAUUUAAUGAUAUAUAAUAAACUACAUAAUAAUGGCUAGACAAAUCAGUUUUGAUGUUAGUGCAGGUGUUAAUGAGUUGAUCACACAUAUAUCUGGAUUCAGGGAAGGAUCCGAACCGUUUUUGAACCAACAAAAACAUCUGUUUGACCAACUGAAGAAAUCCGACACAAUGUAUUUCCUCAAUAAACGUGAAGUGGACCAAAGCAUUGCAGGAAUGGCCGAGAAAUUCAAUUUCCACGGAUUCAUGGCUCAGGCCAAAGCACUUCAAGAAGCCUAUGAUGAAUAUGUGAAAGAUGACCUACCAAAAUCAGCAUCACUGAAUCGUCUGAAUAUUGUGAAAUUGCUGUUGUGCCUAUCAGAAAGGCCUACUAGCAAAUUCCUGGAAGACCCUGACCAAUUUGAGGUCAUACAAGAAGAGGACGAAGAGGACAUCAAUUGGGGUGAAUAUUUGAAAGAGGGAAUUGAAGAGUGGAAACCAAACUUUGAUGAAAGUACUGAUUGUUCAUCAAAUUCUUCAGUGACAGAUGGUGUGAAUGAUGUCACAGAUGCCCUUGACAAAAAUUCAACUCAAGGAGUCCUCAUUCAUAGCAGUGAGAGUGAUGUAAUCAUGAACUUGCGUGCAAACAGGGAAGAACUGUUGAAUACCAUCCAGCACACAUGGUACAAUCAGAGUAGGUUUCAUGAUACUCCUUUCAGUGAAAGAAGAGAAGCCAAUAUUGGAAUCAUCUGGGAAAAUCAUCUGGAGAAACAGGCAAUGGGUUUGAUAAUGGUGCCAAAAUCUUCAGUAUUUUCAGAAUACAAAGUUAUAAGGGAGAUUUUGUGGCAACUUUGGCAUCCUCAUACAUCUGCUGUGUUUGAGUUAGAUGGCAAUAAUAUCAAAGCUAGGAAUGAUAUCACAAUAUCCAGUACCAGAUCAAUGACGCUUGAAAGUUUCUUGAAUAAUGAAUUCAUUCCUCACAUAGAACUUUUGGAGUUUUUCCGAGACUUUUCCAAAACGCUGGACGUCCACUCUGACGAUUUUAUUGUUAUGGUCCCUCAAACAUACAGGAGUUACAGCAAUGCAUUGCAAAACAUAAUAUCACCCAUUUACAUUAGUCUUUCCGAAUUAGAAGAUAAAAUUCGCGAACAAGAGACUACUUAUACCCUCCUGAAUCUGUCUAAAGAUUUGAGGAUGAUUUUGAAUCCGCUUUAUUUGCUGAGAAAAAUCCAAAACCAGGUGGUCAUUGAUUUCCGAACGCACAGUAACUUGACAAGUACCGUUACUUUGUUAGUACGUCUUCACAGCAGUCUGCAAUUUGCUGAAAGCAAACUGGAUCAAGAUUUGAGAGUGUCUUUGUACAUUGAAAGUCUUUACCACUAUUUGACGUUGAUCGAUUCUUGGCUGAUAAAAAAUGAUCUUAUGGAUUAUACUUCAGAAUUUGUUAUAGAUAACAAAAAUAAAACAAUUAUGCCCUCGGAAGAUGAAACUGACUGCAGUAUUUGUGAUGGAGAUAUUUGUCAGCUGAAUUUUGAAUUACGUGAAGAAAUUGAUAAUACCUUCAAGGAAGAUGGUGUGAUAGCCAUCAUCAGGGAAACAGUAUUGCAAAUUGGAAGGAAUCUGCAUUUGCUCAGGUUAUUGGGCAAAUUAUCUCUCUUACAAGACCAAAAAGAAACUAUUUAUGAGGAAUUCGUCAGAAAAACUCUGACGGAAUUACGCCUCUUUUUCGGUGUUGAUGUAAACGACCUAAUCAUUGAUGGAAAUGAAAGUGAUAUUGAUAUGGAAAACGUCAAGUAUAAAUGUCCAGUAGUGUGUACAGAAGAGUGUAAAACAACCACUGAAAUGGACAAACUUGAAAAUCUUGUUGACACAACUGAUGGAUUCCUAAUGCUGGCUUUCGAGGAUUAUUUCAUCGAAAAACCAAUAAAACAAGAAAAAACAAAACUCAGCUUAUUUGAAAAGAUCUCAAAAAUCACUACCACUUUUUUCCCGGUGUCAAAUUUUUUCGAAAACAUUUUGAGCGGUAUUCUGAAAGAGAAAUUCACAGUAUCUGGAUUGAUGGUGAAGAACAUGUUCAUCGAACAGUAUUUGCUGGAAAAACAGUUUCAGUUUUUGCGGCAUAUAUUUUUGUUCUAUGAUAAUAUGAUAUUCCCAUUCUAUAGAAGAUUAUUUGAGAAGAUCGAUUCUUCGGACAAAAACUGGGCGAAUGACAUCUGGCUGACGUCCCACCUGCACGACAUCGUAUCCGACGCGUACCCGGAAUUCCACGACCGCUGUACGGUUCAAGUCGGGGAGACCUGGCGGACGUGCGCGGACUCCUUGGCCGCCUGUGACGUCAUCGAUUUGCAAUACGAAAUCCAGUGGCCUUCGAACAUCGUCAUCAGCGGCCCACAGAUGGCGUUGUACAGGGACGUGUUCCAUUUCGUGUUGAGAAUCAAAUGGGGAUUGUACACGUUGAAUAGACUGUCGUUCACAGAUCUAGAGCCAAAGAAAAAGCCCUAUCACAAAACCAAACCGACUACUCACAAAACGACAGUGAUGAAGCUCAAGUUUUUGAAGUUCGCUCUGAUAAAUCUGUUAAACAGCAUUCAACACUACAUUUUCGCGUUCGUCUUCAUGAUUUGUCUCCAAAAGUUCGAAUUGGAUUUCGAAAAGGCCAACGAUCUGUCUUCGAUAAUGGAAUCACAUUUCAAAUUCAUCAAUAAUAUUCACGCUAUGACGAUGGAAGUGAGAAAAUGUGGAAAAAAAGAGCCUGCUUUCGAAAAUGUGAUGCACAGUAUCAAGAUACUCAAAAAUAUGUGGAAGAAUAUUGAAAAUGCUACCCCUGAUAGACUUCAGGAGUAUUACGAAAUGUACGAAACGUCGUAUAGAACUAUAAAUCCAAUUAUUUGCCCUGUAUACCUCUAUGAUUAUUGAAUCUCUGACACAUGCUCUUAUUUUUUUGCUUUGCUGUGAUGUUUUAUUAUUAGUACUUAUUUAAAAUAUAUUUUUAUUCUUCUACAA